AUGCGUCUCCCUCCUGAUAUCCUCGUGCGUGUCGCCGACCUCCUCGCCGCACGCGGCGCGCGGGGCACGCUCGCGGCCCUCGCCCGCGCCUCGCGCGCAGCCUACGACGCCGCCGCCCCCGCGCUGUAUCGCGAGGUGGUGCUGGGCCCCCGCGCGGUGGGGCUGUUGAGCGCGCUCGCCCCCGGCGACGUGGGCCUCCGCUCCGACGAGGCCACACGCCGCCGCCUCCGCGCGUGGCGGUAUGUGCGGCGCGUGCGCGUGCCCACGCUCGCCGACGCGGCGGGGUUUGCAGACGUCGCUGUUGCCGCCGCCGCCGCCGCCGCCGCUGAGCCCCUCAUGCCUCGCUUACAGUCUGUAUGCCUCGGCCCUGUCGCCGUCGACCAGCUGCGUAUAUGGACCGGACCCCUGCCCGGUCUUCUGCAAGGCCUGGCGGCGCAGCGGCCGACGCGGUUGUGCGUCGCGUUCCGCCACGUGCCCGCCGCAGAGUGGGACGCGUACCGCGAAGCAUCGACGCGUGGGGCGUACGCGCUUGUGCGCCGCCUGGAAGCGCUCACGGCGGGAUGGGACCUCGUGAGCGUGACCUUCCACGACGUCGUGCACCAAGUCCUCCCGUCGUUGCCUACGACGAACGUUUAUGAUUUUGCCCCACACGCCAUCCCCCACCCCCUCUUUCGGGGACGGUACCGCUUCCCCGUAGGCGAGGCGGCUGUGCGCCUCCCCGGCCCAGAGUGGAACAUGCGCCCGUGGCAGAUGGGUACGGCCAUCAAGAACCUCUUCCCGUCUUCGGCGGUGGGGAGCGGCGUACACUAUGCCACGUUACAGCGGACGCGGUGGCGCUUUUGUGGUGUCGCCAACCACGUGUUGACGAAAGAGGAGCGCGAGGACGACGACUCGGACGGCGUGUGGUAUCGCGAAGUCAAGGGCAUGGUGGACGAGAGCAUCCGGACGGGCAUCGCGCGCGACCUACCUGCCAGAGGCCUCGAUGCCGAGUUCGUGCAUGAGGUGCUGGAGCGGUUGGAGUAUGGGCGCGUCGAGGAGUGCAGUGCAUGUGGGCGGGAUGAGGACGAGCACAAUGUGAUGAGCAUGGACGGGCUUGAUUUGUUGUGAGAUGGUGAGAGGGUCGGGUAUCACGGCCAAGAGCUGUACGAGUUGUAGUGUCAGGCUGAGCUGUUAUCGAUAUCAUGUAGCAUGUGCGGGGGGAGCGGGGGAGACGCCGUGAUGCCAUCGAUGC